ACCCAAUCUGAAAUUUUGACUGAAUUUUUGUUAUUACCUCGUAAUUAAACUUUUUCCCGACUUAUUUGACAAACAUGGCCUCGUUUGGCAAGUCCAUAGUGCUGCUAGCGUCCCUGGCCACGUUUGCGUACUCCCUGUACGUGGUGGGCCGCCUGAUGAUCUUCCUGUCGACGCCUCGUUCGAUUUCGAGGGCUCACACCUGGAUUUUCAAUUUGCUGGACAACAAGUCCCGCCUUGAGACCGCCUAUGGACCCGUGGUGUUCGACACCCUCUACCUGAUCGGAUUCAUCUUCCAGCACAGCUUCCUCAAGUCAGCCUUGGUCAAGAAACUGCUGGCCAAUUUGGGUUUGUCGGGGGCCGAGCGUACUAUUUAUAGCCUGACGUCAUCGAUUUGUUUACAUUAUUUGAUCCUUAACUGGCUGCCCGCCCAGUCGAUUGUUCUGUGGCAAAUCGACGUGGAGCAGAGUGCUCCUCUUUGGUGGACCUUUGUAAUUACCCAUGGAAUCUGUUGGCUGGUGAUCUUUGGCGGCAGUUUGGUGAUGGAUCUGCCGGAGCUACUGGGCAUCAAGCAGGCCUACUACGAUCUGAAGGCCUAUGGGCCGCCUAUUAACUACAAAUCCGGGGAGCUGCGCAAUCUGUAUGCCCAUGUGAGGCAUCCCUCUUUUGUGGGCCUGUCGGUCAUCCUGUUCGCCACCAAUGUAAUGAGCGUGGAUCGCCUGGUGAUGGCCCUGCUCCUGACCACCUAUAUGUACCUGGCCUGGUCCACGGAUAGCAAGGAUGUGGCCUACCAGAAGGUCCAGCUGCAGCGCAAGAAACUCGAACUGAAGGCUCAGUAAACUUAAUCUCCGUAAUGUUCUCACUAAGAUUUAGCUGUAAGUUGACUCGAGUUUGUAUUAAAAGUGAGUUUUCUAACA